CGUGCACGGGACAAGAUGGCGGCGCCCUGACUCUCCCACGCUGCUUCAUUUGCGCGUUUUCUGUCCGUUCUUUCGCCGUGACGACGAAACGGAGCGUGGAAGAUGUCGAGGCUCAUCGUGAAGAAUUUGCCCAGCGGGAUGAAGGAGGAACGUCUCCGCGCCAUGUUCUCCGCCUUCGGCACCCUCACCGACUGCGUCCUCAAGUUCACCAAAGAGGGCAAGUUCCGACGCUUCGCCUUCGUCGGCUUCAGGGAGGAGGAGGACGCCGAGCGCGCCACGCGCCACUUCCACAGGAGCUUCGUGGACACGUCCAGGAUCUCGGUGGAGCGGUGCAAGUCCUUCGGAGACCCAACCAAGCCCAGGGCCUGGAGCAGGCGCAGUCAUCGGUCGGCCACGCCCACUGAGGAGGAGGAGGAGCCACAGGAGGAGGAGCAGAAGAAAAAGGAGAAGGAGAAGAAGAAGAAGAGAAAGGAGGAGGAGGAGGAGUCCUCGGCUCUCGGAGCGCUGGAGCAGGACGAGAACUUCCAGGAGUUCCUCGCCGUGCACCAGAACCGAGCGCACAUUCCCACCUGGGCCAACGACACCCCAACCCGGGCAGCGAACCCACAGCCUGCGCCGCACGAGAGGCAGGAGGACAAGGUGAAACACAAAGGCGCGAAAGAUGACUACCUCAACUUUGACUCCGAUGAGUCCGAUGAAGAUCUGGAGCAGGAGGAGGACCAGGAGGACGAGGACGAGUGCCCCACCAAGGAGGCGCUCGAGAGCAGCCUUUCUGACAUGGACUACCUGCGCUCUAAGGUGGUGUCAGUGAAGGGUUCGAGCGUGGACGCAGAAGGCCAGGACAGCGACGAGGAUGCCAAGGAAGAACUGCUCGCGCAGCUCCAGGCUGGCGGUGCCUCUGAGAGUGAGGACAAGGACAGCGCACAAAGGGCCAAAGCAAAGAGAGGCAACAAGAAGGACAAACACGGUGAAAUGGACAAAAAGCAAGAGGUGGAACCCACCACGGACUUCACGGUCAAGCUGCGGGGGGCUCCCUUCAACGUCACCGAGCAACAAGUGCGUGAGUUCAUGACCCCGCUGAAGCCUGUCGCCAUCCGCAUCGUGAGGAAUGCCUACGGCAACAAGACGGGCUACGUGUUUGUGGACCUGCGCUCCGCAGAGGAGGUGGAGAAGGCCCUCCGCAAGGACAAAGACUACAUGGGGGGGCGCUACAUUGAGGUGUUCCAGGCCAGCGGUGACGGCGGCAGCAGCAAGAGGGCCCCCUGUACCGAGGAGAAGGGCGGCCAGAACAGGAGCUUCCAGCGGCAGAUCAGGGAGGACGAGGAGGAAGAGGAGGUGUCCGAGUCGGGCCGUCUCUUCGUGAGGAACCUGCCGUACACCUGCAACGAACGGGAGCUGUCGGACAUCUUUGCGCAGUACGGGCCGCUGGCCGAGGUGCACUUCCCCAUCGACGGCUUGACCAAGAAACCCAAGGGCUUCGCCUUCGUCACGUACAUGAUCCCAGAGCACGCGGUGCGGGCCCUGGCGGAGCUCGACGGCCACGUCUUCCAGGGCCGUAUGCUCCAUAUCUUGCCUUCCACGCUGAAGAAGGAGAAGGCAGAGCAGGAUCCCUCGGGCCCCGGGUCCUCCUCCUUCAAGAAGCAGAGGGAUGCCAAGCAGAAGGCAGGCAGCACCAGCUCGCACAACUGGAAUACGCUCUUCUUGGGCACGAACGCGGUGGCUGACGCCAUUGCCGAGAAGUACAGCACCACCAAGAGCCAAGUCCUCGACCACGAGUCCCAGGGCAGUCUGGCUGUGAGGAUGGCCUUGGGGGAGACCCAGAUUGUCCAGGAGACACGGCAGUUCCUGCUGGACAACCAUAUCUGCCUGGACUCCUUUAGCCAGGCUGCGGGCCCCCGCAGUAACGCUGUGCUGCUGGUGAAGAACCUUCCGGCUGGAGUCAAGGUCUCGGAGCUGGAGGCCGUGUUCUCCCCGCACGGCUCCCUGGGACGCGUUCUCCUGCCGCCGUCCGGCCUCACGGCCAUCGUCGAGUUCCUGGAGUUCUCGGAGGCCAAGAGGGCUUUCACCCGGCUGGCCUACACCAAGUUCCAGCACGUGCCCCUGUAUUUGGAAUGGGCCCCCGCCGGUGUGUUCUCCACCCCUCCUCAGGAGAAGGCCAAAAAACCCCCUGCAGAGUCCAACCCAGAAGCUCAGGAGCAGCGUGCUGAUGCGGCUGCGAGCGGCGAUGAGGAGGAGGAGGAGGAGGAGAGUGUGCCAGGAUGUACACUCUUUGUCAAGAACCUCAACUUCAGCACCAGCGAGGAGACCCUGGCUGAGGUCUUCUCCAAGUGCGGUGCUCUGAAGACCUGCACCGUUUCCAGGAAGAAGCAGAGAAGCGGUGACCUCCUUUCUAUGGGCUACGGCUUUGUGCGGUACAAGACCCCCAAGGCUGCACAGAAGGCCCUGAGGCAACUUCAGCACUGCACUGUGGACGACCACCAGCUGGAGCUGAAGCUGUCUGAGAGGGCCACCAGGCCAGCUGUCAGGAGUGCACGCACUAAGCAGACGGCCAGGAAGCAGACCACCUCCAAGAUCCUGGUGCGCAACGUUCCCUUCCAGGCCACUGCGAAGGAGCUCCGUGAGCUGUUUGGCACCUUCGGGGAGCUCAAGAGCGUGCGCCUUCCCAAGAAGGUGAGCGGCACAGGAGCGCACCGAGGCUUCUGCUUCGUCGACUUCCUCACCAAGCAAGACGCCAAGAAAGCGUUCGGCAGCCUGUGUCACAGCACCCACCUGUACGGCCGCCGCCUCGUCCUCGAGUGGGCCGACUCGGAGGAGACGAUCGAGGCUCUACGCAGGAAGACCGCCGAGCGCUUCCACGAUGCAGCCAAGAAGCGGAAGCUGUCUGAAUUGAAGGCGGGGAUCCUGGAGGACAUGGGCGAGGAGAACGAGGAGGCCUGAACAAGGAGACGCUGGCCUCGUUUUCAGGGCGGAUGGCUGCUCGCUUUGUGUCGCUCUCUGGAGGAGAAUCGACCCUCUCGAUGUGCUCGUGCUCUCCGCGGACGUUCACGUUUUUGCAGACGAGCACGAAAGGCAACGUCUGCUUGAACUGGGCUGCUAACAGGAGCAAGGAGAUCGAGCGCGUCAUGCAGAAUGGACCCGAAGCCAUGUAAAGGAAUGGGGCGUGAUGACUUCUGCUUUCCCCACACAGUUGCCCAGGCGUCCUCCACAUCUCUGCACCAGCUGUGUCUUGUUUCUGU